GUUUCUAUAUACCAAGUCGAUUAUGUGACAAGGAACUAACUCUCGAAAUUAUGCUCAAAACUGGUGAUUAUUGAGCUGACGAUACCUGACGGGUAAGAACAUUUUAGACAUGGAUUGAGAGCAUGGUUGUUGAAGGUUUAAAAUCAGAAAUUAGACAACAUCACAUCUGUUGCAAAAAUGUCCCUACUGAAUAAAAAAGAGAGAGAAAUUACUCAACGUUCAGUCACAGAAAGUUUUAAACAUGAUACAGAGGAACAUAAUAAAGACUCAAGAGAAAAUGCUCUGGCAUUGUAGCUUGCAAUACCAUAACCCGUGAUGAGGGCUGGAAAAUAAGAUGGCUUGGUGUGGCAAACGGUCAUUUAUUUAUUCCUUGAAAACGAAUUUAUUUAUUCCUAGAAAUGAAAACGUCUGAGCCUUUUUUCUUGGUAUGUUUUAAGGCUGGGGCAAAUCUGAAAAGGUCCUCCUUGGCAGGGCUAUGAUUACAGAAACCAUUUUGGGCAAGAUAUGCUCCUUGGGAGGAGCCACAAUAAUUAGCUGCACUUGUUUAUUGAUAAAGAAUCAAUUUGGAAAACGAUACAGCCAGUUGCCCUUAGAACCUGGUUCUAAAGAAAAGACUCUUAUUGUGUACUUGAAUGCUAAAUAAACAUAACGGGUAAUAUUUGAUAACGCGUCUGAAAGUGCGAUUCAGGUUGCAGGAAAAUUUUUGUGUUAUCGUCAUGCAAGGUCAUAACCUGCGAUGUUGGCAGAUGCUGUAGAAUCGAGCAGAAUGACAUGUUCUGGUGCUAACACAGAAAUUCGACAACACAAUGGGUAUAUGUAGAUCGUUGUGCGAUUUUCACGGGAACGUAACAAUAGAAUAUCAUUAUUUUUCACAAAGUACCUAGAUCUCUUUCUCGGUGUCUAGGAACAGAAGCAGAAACACAGCUGACAAGAAGUGGCCGCUUAAGGAAACUGGCAUUUGAAAGGGCUUGGGGGAUUUUACGGCCGGAAAAAUCAGAAUUCAGUUUGUUUGAAAAAGCGGUUCAAGUGUUAAAGGUUUUGAGCACUUUGCCAACAGCUGUCCAUUUCAAGUUUGUCAAAGAUUAAAACUGACAUUGAUGUUAUGUAGCCAUUGUUCUGCUGCCAUUUUUGCAUUCAAAAUCGAUAGUAAAUAAGAGCUGUUGGGAGAAACUGAAACCUAAGAUAAGGCAAAGAAAGCUAGGAAGUAUGGAUGACGUUGAGUUUGAUACACCUGGAGAAUAAUUGCUUUGUUUCACUUUGUGAGUAAGUAAGAAUGUCGGCGUGCAAAUCUGGCCCGCAUGUUAACACGUUUGCUUCGAUUAGUAGGAUUCGCAGAAAUUAACAUAAGGAAAGCAAUACUUCAGUCAAGAACGGGCUUGCUCAAACGGAAAGUGAAAUCAUUUGCAUCUGCAUAUGAGCAAAGGAGGAAGCUCAUUCUAUAGUAACAUGGAGAUAGAAAUAACAGCUCACAAUUCGUUAGGCCCGAUGAGCUUAUGUGUAAUGUAGAAGAUAGCAGUAAAAAAUGAUUGCCAAUAACGCAUCUAUGACGGCGCCAUUGCAAGCAGGUUCAACUGGCCAACACAGAUUCGAAACAUGGGAACUGGCCCUUCUCACGACCGUCAUGAUUCUGAUUAUGAUUCUGGCCAUAGCUGGGAACACAUUGGUUUGCCUUUGCAUUUAUAUGAAGCAAGAAAUGAGGACAGUCACUGCAAUGUUCUUAGUCAAUCUUGCCUUGGCGGACCUCGGAACAGGCCUGUUUUGCGUACCCAUGGCAAUAGCUGCCAUCUUCGAUGUAAGCCUCCUUCGUAACGACUUUACCUGCACUUUUAACGCAUUCUGCAUCGUCUUAUUUUUCGUUGCAUCAAUCAAUACAUUGGCCGCAGCAAGCAUUUACAAAUAUAUCUCGGUUGGCUUUCCCAUGAGCCGAAAAGUCACCAAACAAGGAGCUUUCGUUAUCAUAUUCUUCAUUUGGCUUCUAUCGUUAUUAUUAGCUGCGGGCCCUGUCUUUGGCUGGAGCCAUUACUACUUGGUGACAAACAGAUACCAGUGCUCUCCAAAGUCUCCAGAAAGCAUUACAGAUUAUUCGCAUCUCACGGCCUUGUUCGUGUUUGGCUAUGCUUUGCCGCUCCCUGUGAUGACAUUCUGUUACGCAAGGGUCUAUUACAUUUCCAUGGGACAUUUUAAGAGAAUGCGACGCAACACAAUAUGUGACCUUACUUUACUGAAAUCAGAGACCCACCUGAUAGCCACCCUUUGGAUUGUCCUUAUCGUGUUUACAAUUUGCUGGUUGCCCUUCGUUGUUUACCUUAUGCGCGGAAUUCUGCAGCAUAGUGUCCCAAUUUACCUACCAAUAAUCGCGUUCACCUUUGGCUACUGCAACUCUUCUCUGAAUCCACUUGUGUAUACGAUGCGGUUAGCAUCAUUUCGCAGAGGCUUCAAAGAGAUCAUUACAAAAUGCUUCAAAAGAGAGAAAAUGAAGCCCGCGUAUCUUACAUACAGUGGACAUGGUAGAAGCCCCGAUGAUCAAACCAAUAACACGGCCGACACACUUAAGACAAGUCUUCCACGUGAUGCUUUCAGAAAAGCAAGCUUAGCUUAUGUCUUAGAAGGAUCAAACAAUAAAACCUUUUUCGUAGAGGAUGGGGGAAAAGCACUGAAAAGCAGGAAGAUUUCUGGGUAUAGGAUUUCGGAAACAAAAAUGUACCCGCGAAUUUCCCGCGACAGCAAUUCCGGUAAAGCAAACCAAGCGUAUGAUGAAGAAGCACAUGAAAAACAAAACAUCGAUAAGGUGGAAUUUCAAGACACAGUAGCUGUUUUUGACUCAUCAAAUAACUUAAAUAAAUCUAGACGGUUUUCGACUUCGAACAGACCCAUCUCGCGAUUGUACCCGCGUUUAUCACGCGAUGAAACGCACAACAAUUCUGAAUCAAGUAGCAAUGACACUGUUCCUUCAAACAUCAAUAAUGCGUACACGAGUGAAGAGCUGGGUGACGUCAUAGAGGAGGAUGCUUGUGAUGGAAUUGAAUUGAACGAAAAACAUGCUGAUUACGACUCAGACGAAAGGAACAGGGUUAUUUCUCUAACUGAAACCCGGUAUGAAAUGUUCAGCAAAUUAUUAAAACUUUGCCAGAAUUCAGAAUGGGAAUCACCCAGCGGGGAAUACCAAAUUUCACGUCGAAUCAAAGCUCAGUACAGCAUUCACGUGAUUUCAAAUCCCACGGAACAGGAAGCUGAAAUGUUUGGGAAACCAUGCAUACAUAAAGUAUUACGGACACUUAGAUGGAAAGACGUGGCUUAUGAUUCAUUAGGUAAUGUGGUCAUGAAGACGAGGCACGAAGUAGCCAAGGACGAGGCAAUUAAUCCAUCAGAAUUACCGUUGUAUAUGAGAGAACAUAUUGGAUCAGAAAUAAAAUGGCAGAGACGGUCAUCCAAAAUGUUACCAAGAUAGCAUUUAUACCAAGAUAGAUAUUCGUUGUCUUUUCGAAUCAGUAUUUAGUUAAUUUUGCUCAACUAGUUAAAAUUCUUAUAUUUAAUAAUAACAAUGGAUUGGAAGAAGUCACAUUGUGCUAAGGCUGCUGUUAGAUAGUCGAACUCUUAGCAUAUUACUUGUUCUUUGAAGCUUUUCAGAGCAUUUAAGGAAACUUCAUCAGAAGAAACUAAAUUGACGAUCCUUCAUAAGGUAAUGAAACGCUGCUCCCUGGUUUAUCGCAAACAUAAAUUCACAAACAAUUUUAGUGAAGUUUGGAUGAUGUGAUCACCAAAACUAUUUUCCCUUGAGUACAUCUCUAAAAACAAAUAAAAUCAAUUUUGGUAAAAGAAGGUUUUAUGUUUUCAACUAGUUUUUAACCAAAAACUGAAAAAAACAUAUUGAAGGAAACGUUAGAAUAAA